AAAAGCCAUAAAACAGCCCGUCGUCCAAACGGUCUCAGAAACAAGGAGCUCUCAGUCACAAGGUGUAUGGGUGAGGAGAGAGAGGGUGAGAAAGAGAGAGAGAGAGAGAGAAAGGAAAGCGACAGAGAUAUAAAACUACCCAGAGAACAUUUAUUAGGAGAGAUUGAGAGAGAGUUGGACUUACAGUCACACAGUCUUGCAUCCUGUGCCGAAUAAGAAAACAGUGGCACGAACUAAACCUUUGAAACGUGUGGCAGCUUCAGGAAAACGAGAGUGAAUGGAUACCUUCUGCAGCCUUAGUGGCCUCGACCCUCUUUGGGACUGGAACCAGACAUGGUACACACACACCCCUGAACUGAGCGACUGUUUCCAGAACACAGUGCUGGUGUGGGCACCUUGUAUCUACCUGUGGCUCUGCUCUCCAUUCUACUGUCUCCAUCUGUACUGCCAUGGUAAAGGACGCCUGCCCUUCUCGCUGCUCUGCAGUGCCAAGCUGUUGCUGGGCUUCUUCCUGGCUUCCUUUGGCUUUGUUGAAUUCUUCUACAUCCUGUUGGAGCGAAACCAAGAGAUCCACCGCCACUUUAUCCUUCUCCUGGCCUCGGUCAUACGCAGCCUCACUGUGGUGUUAGCCGUGUGCAUCAUCCAGUGGGAGCGAGUGCGAGGCUGCCGUUCCUCCGUGGUGCUCUUCCUGUACUGGCUGCUCAGCGUGGUUUGUUCUCUUGUUCCUCUGAGGGCGAAGAUCCAGCUGGCCGUCGAACAGGGUCUCACUCCUGAUAUUGUGCACUACUUGGCUUUUUUCUCGUACUUCGCCCUUCAACUGGCGCAGCUCUUCCUCAGUUGUUUCGCAGACCAGGCUCCUCCAGGCAGUGCUGUCCUCCAGAAUGCAUGCCCUGUACAGGAUGCGUCCUUCUUGUCAAAGAUGCUCUUCUGGUGGUUCAGUGGGUUGGUUGUUAAAGGCUACCGCACCCCUCUACAGGCAGAAGAUCUGUGGCCUCUGCGUGAUGAGGACACGUCCCAUAAAAUCCUCUCAGAUCUGGAAGAGGAAUGGACCACAGAACGCACCAAACUGCAGCAGCAAGAAACACAGCUCAACAGCAGUGUGGUGUUGGGAACCCGUUUACCAGACCAGGCCCAGCUCCUCAGAAAGCUGCAGAAGGAACAAAGCUCGGGAUUUUGUCUUUUACGGACGCUCGCACGCAACUUCGGGCCCUACUUCCUGUCAGGAACGUUGUGCCUCGUAGUCCAUGAUGCUUUCAUGUUUGCCAUUCCACAAGUCCUCAGUCUGCUCCUGGGCUUUAUGAGGGAGGAGGACGCUCCGCUGUGGAAAGGAUACUUCUACGCUACACUAAUGUUCCUCCUCUCCUGCAUGCAGUCCCUCUUCAACCACCAGUACAUGUACUCCUGUUUUACUGUGGGCAUGAGAGUGAAGACGGCUGUCAUGGGCCUCGUCUACAGGAAGUCACUGGUGAUGAGCAGUUCCGCACGGAGGACAUGUACAGUCGGAGAGAUCGUGAAUCUGGUCUCGGCUGACACCCAAAAGCUCAUGGAUUUUGUUGUGUACUUCAACGCUGUGUGGCUCGCCCCCAUAGAGAUUGCUCUCUGCCUCUUUUUCCUCUGGCAGCAUUUGGGACCAUCUGCUCUGGCUGGCAUCACCACAGUCUUUCUCAUCUUCCCUCUAAACGGAUUCAUUGCCAAGAAGAGAAGCAAACUGCAGGAGAUCCAGAUGAAGUUUAUGGACGGUCGAAUCAAGCUCAUGAACGAAAUCCUGAAUGGCAUAAAAAUCCUGAAGUUCUACGCCUGGGAAAAGGCUUUCCUCGAGCAGGUCUUGGGUUACAGAGAAAAAGAGCUCCAAACUUUAAAGAAGUCCCAGAUCCUCUACUCCAUCUCCAUUGCUUCCUUCAACUCUUCAUCCUUCUUGAUCGCGUUUGCCAUGUUUGGUGUGUACGUACUUAUGGAUGACAAGAAUGUGUUGGAUGCUCAGAAGAUUUUCGUCUCCAUGGCACUCAUCAACAUCCUAAAGACUCCACUGAGCCAACUUCCUUUUGCUAUGAGCAUCACCAUGCAGGCUGUUGUCUCACUCAAGCGUUUGGGAAAAUAUUUAUGCCAAGAAGAACUAAAGCCAGAAAAUGUGUCCAGAGAUGCUUUUAAGAUGGAUGAAGAAAGUGUUGUGGUUGAAAAUGGGACUUUCAGUUGGUCUAAAGACGGUCCUCCUUGUUUGAAAAGGAUCAGUGUGAGAGUUCCUCGUGGUGCACUGGUUGCGGUUGUUGGAAAUGUUGGCAGUGGGAAGUCGUCCUUACUCUCUGCCAUGCUCGGAGAAACGGAAAGGAGAAGUGGAAGUGUUUCGAUCAAGGGAUCGGUAUCUUACGUCCCUCAGCAGGCCUGGAUUCAAAAUGCUACAUUGCAGGACAACAUCCUGUUCGGAAUGGAGAAGAAGAAGAGCUGGUACCAACGUGUACUGGAGGCCUGCGCUCUGCUGCCUGACCUUGACAUCCUACCAGCAGGAGACACCACUGAGAUCGGCGAGAAGGGUUUGAACCUGUCCGGAGGUCAGAAACAGAGGGUGAGUCUGGCUCGUGCAGUCUACAGGAAAGCUGAUAUCUAUUUGCUGGAUGAUCCUCUGUCUGCUGUGGACGCCCAUGUGGGUCAACACAUCUUCGAUAAAGUCAUCGGGCCCAAGGGUGUGCUGAGAGACAAGACUCGCAUUCUGGUGACCCACGGGACAAGCUUUCUGCCCCAGGCUGAUCUGAUCCUGGUGCUGGUUGAGGGAGAGAUCACUGAGAGUGGAUCCUACCAGGAGCUGCUAAAUCGUAAUGGAGCCUUUGCAGAGUUUAUCCAUACUUUUGCCAGCACGGAAAGAAAGGAGAGCUCCACACAGCGAGGCUCCAGAAAGUCCUGCUCAAGGCUCAGCGUAACAGAUUUCAUGCCAUUCUCCAGAGACCUUUCUCAGGAGCAACUUAUUGGUGGUGACACAAACAGUGUCACUAUUCAGAGUGUAGACCCUGAUAUUGAGAAAGAGCAAAUUCCUGAGGACCUAGGGAAACUGACUGAAGUGGACAAGGCUCGAAUCGGCAGGGUGAAACUGGAGAUGUACGUCGAGUACUUCCGCACCAUCGGUUUGGCUCUGAUCGUGCCCAUUCUGUUCCUGUAUGCCUUUCAGCAGGGUGCUUCUCUGGCAUAUAACUACUGGCUCAGCAUGUGGGCUGACGAGCCAAUCAUCAACGGUACACAGCUCAACGCUGACAUGAAGCUGGGAGUCUAUGGAGCUCUCGGGUUUGCACAAGGCAUAGCCAUUUUUGGCACCACAGUCGCCAUCUCUAUCGGGGGAAUCAUUGCCUCUCGCCAGUUGCACCUGGACCUGCUGAAGGAUGUUCUUCGCUCGCCCAUGUCCUUCUUUGAGUCCACUCCCAGCGGCAAUCUGCUGAAUCGCUUCGCCAAGGAAAUUGACGCUAUUGACUGCAUGAUACCUGAUGGCCUUAAGAUGAUGUUGGGUUAUGUUUUCAAGCUGAUGGAGGUGUGCAUCAUAGUGCUGCUCGCCAUACCUUUUGCUGCAGUCAUCAUUCUUCCUUUGGCGCUAUUUUACGCCUUUGUGCAGAGUUUCUAUGUGGCCACAUCAUGCCAGCUAAGACGUUUGGAGUCCGUGAGCCGCUCUCCUAUCUACACUCACUUUAAUGAGACGAUUCAAGGUGCCAGUGUGAUCCGUGCCUUUGGUGAGCAACCACGCUUCAUUCUGCAGGCCAAUCAGAGGGUGGAUCACAACCAGACUGCCUACUUCCCCCGAUUUGUGGCAACUAGGUGGCUGGCCGUGAACUUGGAGUUCCUGGGAAAUGGUGUGGUAUUAGCUGCUGCAGUUCUCUCUGUGAUGGGCAAAGACACUUUGAGUCCCGGGAUUGUCGGCCUGGCGGUGUCUCAUUCCCUUCAGGUCACGGGAAUCUUGAGUUGGAUUGUGCGGUCAUGGACGGAUGUGGAGAACAACAUAGUGUCGGUCGAGAGAGUGAAAGAGUAUGCAGGCACGCCUAAAGAGGCUGAAUGGAGCUCAGAAAAUAUUUCACUACCACUUGCUUGGCCUCAGACAGGAAGCAUAGAGUUCCAGGAUUACGGUCUGCGCUACCGUAAAGGUCUAGAGUUUGCUUUAAAGGGCAUCUCACUACAUAUCCAAGAAAGAGAGAAGAUCGGCAUUGUGGGAAGAACCGGUGCCGGGAAGUCAUCACUAGCCCUGGGAAUUUUCCGCAUCCUGGAGGCAGCGAAAGGUGAGAUUUACAUCGAUGGGUUGAACAUCGCUAAGCUCGGACUCCACGAUCUGAGAUCCCGCAUCACCAUCAUUCCACAGGAUCCUGUGCUGUUUUCCGGAUCCUUGCGUAUGAAUCUGGAUCCAUUUGAUGCCUACUCAGAUGAGGAAGUGUGGAGCGCCUUAGAAUUGGCCCAUUUGAAGAACGUCAUUUCAGGGCUGCCUGAUAAACUUAAUUACGAGUGCUCAGAAGGAGGAGAAAAUCUUAGUCUUGGCCAGCGGCAGCUAGUAUGUUUGGCAAGGGCUCUCCUUCGUAAGACCAAGAUUCUGGUUCUGGAUGAAGCCACAGCAGCAGUGGACCUGGAAACAGACACACUAAUUCAAUCCACCAUCCGCAGCCAGUUUGAGGACUGCACUGUGCUAACCAUUGCACACAGACUCAACACCAUCAUGGACUACACCAAAGUUCUUGUAAUGGACAAAGGACAUGUAAUUGAAAUAGAUUCCCCUGCGAACCUGAUUGCACAGAGAGGCCAUUUUUAUCGGAUGUGCAGAGAAGCUGGAUUGGUGUAACACGUGCUCUGGCUCUGCUGCUGGUUUUGUAGCUCUUUAGCACCGCCUUGUGGUGGACUUCAAGCAUUAAUUACACCAAGAGUCUUCCCCCUGCUGGCCAGUGUCAUAAUAAAAAAAAAAAAGAAAGCAAAGCUAUAAAAGCAACAUGGUGCUCCAGUAAAUAAGAGGGGUAAUGAUUUCCAGAAGUUUUUUUUAACGUUUGUUUGUUUGGCUGUCUUUUUUUUAACGAAUGCACAGUCAUGUAUUAGUCAAUGAAGCGAAGCAUAAAACGUAUCUACUCAGGUGAACAUGCUCAAGAGCACCAGAAUCAUUGUAAACUGGAAGAUCGUCUCAAUCUCUUUGCUCGUUUCCAUCUCACCUUGUGAGUCAAAAAGACUUGAGCUGGAAGAAACGACGUGUAAAUAACUGUACAUAACACGAGACAAGUGGCGCAGCAUCCGGUCCAAGCUACGCCAAAUCGCCAAAAGAUUUCCCCGCUAAGCAAGAAUGUGAACGAUGCUACGCACGUCUCCAUCUAGCAAAAGGAACGUGCAUCUGUGUAGAAGCUUAGGGGAAAACAAGUUUACUGACAGUGCUGCAAACACUCCAUCCGCACGAAAGGCCCUCCAAAGGGCCUCUAUAUCGAGACUCUCCCACUCGGAAGCCAUUUCAGCGUUUUUAACGAGGGCGUCGAGGAGAAACGGCGUCUAAAAUCCGGCGAUGUUGCGGUGCCCGUUUAAUUUCUAGCAAACGUAAAAUUUAAUUUACAUUUCACAAAGAAUUUUGGAUGAAAACCGCAAAUCCAGAUCUCCGAACAGAUGUAUAUUAACACGAAUUUGAAUAACACAAAGACUAAUGAUCAGGGAAAAGGGCGAAAUUUCACGAUCAUUAACAAUUUUGCACUUUUUCCAUCAAAUGUAAUAUUUUGUAUAAUUAAAAAAAAGCUCUCGGUUACUGUAACUCAAUAGAGGAGGAGCUUCAGAACAUUACAACACUAUGCAAAGUUGAACAUUCAGGUGCCUUUGCAUUUAUUUAUGUUUUUUUUUUAUUAAUAUAUACACAUUUGCUUAUGUACUGAAAGUUCUUCUACAGGUAGUUUGGAUGUAUUUUGUAUCUGUAUAAUAAAUUUUUUCUACAAUAAUCUGGUCGAGUAUUGAAUACAUUUUGGUUCAGACACACACAAAAGCACUGGUGAGAAAUCUGAGUACCAAACUAUAUUUAUUGUAUACAGUAGUAAAGGACAACAAAUAAUGUACAAAUCAGUACAGAAAAAAAUGAGACCACACGGACGCCGAUUCAGUCCCGACUCUCGUGGACGCCAGAAUGUAGGGGGACGAAUAAGACUAUUCCUCUUCAGGGUGACUGUCGCCCGACACGGAGCAGAAAGUGUGACGACUUGUUGCCUUUGAAAAGUGAAAAAAAGGAAAAGGGGGGGGGGGGGGGGGGGGAAUAUAAUAGAGGGACUUAUAGGCGAUUUAUAAUAAAAACCUGGACUAAUCCGGGACAUAUUUGGGGUUUGGUCAAGAAAACACCAAAGAUUCCUUUAUUCUCUGCAGUUGAACCAACUAAGGCUGGAUGGGCGUCCUUUCAGUUAAACAUGACAUGGAUUAAAAAUAGAAUUAAAGCUGCACAAGACAAAAAAAAAAA